AUGCAAUCUGUUGGCGUAUGUACCGUGGCCACGCCCACACGGGGACAUGUUGCAAGCACAACGACAACCAACAACCGACAACGACCAGGAAGAAAAAUACAACAAAAAAAAAUUCACAUUCACUCCGCAAGUCUCAAACGAACAAAAUGCAAUUUCUCAAUUGCAGCUGAAUUCGUUCCAGAAAACGGCCUGCCCCGACGUCUUCGCACCGCGUACACCAACACCCAGCUGCUGGAGCUGGAAAAGGAAUUCCAUUUCAAUAAAUAUUUAUGCCGCCCAAGGAGAAUCGAAAUAGCAGCCAGCCUGGAUCUGACCGAGCGACAGGUAAAGGUUUGGUUCCAGAACCGCCGCAUGAAGCACAAGAGGCAGACGCUCUCCAAAACGGACGACGAGGACAACAAGGACAGUCUCAAAGGUGACGAUGAUCAGUCCGAUAGCAACUCCAAUUCGAAGAAAUCGUGUCAAGGCUGCGAGCUGCCCUCCGAUGAUAUUCCGGAUUCAACGUCCAAUUCCCGGGGACACAACAACAACACCCCGAGCGCCACCAACAACAAUCCCAGUGCAGGAAGCCUGACACCCAAUUCCUCCUUGGAAACGGGCAUUUCGUCCAAUCUUCUGGGCAGCACCACCGUAUCCGCCUCGAAUGUGAUCAGUGCCGACUCCAGUGUGGCGUCUAGUGUUAGUCUGGACGAGGACAUCGAGGAGAGUCCCAUCAAGGUGAAAAAGAAAGAGGAGGGGCAGAUAAUCAAAAAGGAGGCCGUUUCCACCUCGUCCAAAGCCUCGCCUUUUGGCUACGAGAACUCCACACCCAGUCUGGUCAAUUUUCGGCGGGAUUCGGACUCAUCCGCCGCCGGGAAUACACCCGCUGCCAAGGUUGGUGGCAAGAAGCGUUUCCAGAGCGUAACGAAUGCCAUUGCCGCGCCCACGCCACUCGGCGACAGCAAUGGUGGCAAUGGUGCAGCUGGCGGCUACUUCCCUGGUUACUAUCCUAGUCCCAAGCAGCAGCAGCAGCAACAUCAGAUGCAGCAACAGCAGCAGCAAUUGCACCCGCAGCAACAGCAACAACAGCAGCAGCAGCAACCGCAGGACUAUUACGGCAAAUACGAUAUUGAAUUCGCCAACUCACCACACCACAAGCAGGCGCUGCACGGCGAAUAUCUAAGUCCCAAACCAAAUUCUGCCAGUUUUCACCAAAACAGUCAACAACAGCAGCAACAGCAGCAGCAACAUGAGCAGCAGUUCUACUACAACUACAACGACUCCAACGGUAGUGCGUACAUGAACCACCAGCAACACCCACACCAGCAGCAACACCAUCAUGUUAACGACUUCGAGGGGCCUCCGGUGAACGGGCCGAACAUCUUUAACAAUGGCUCUUACUAUGAUAACAUGAAUUUCCAGCACCAGCACCAAUCCGUUGUGUUUCAACAGCAACAACAGCAGCAGCAGCAGCAACACCAGCAAGCGGCAAUCAAUCAUCAGCAGCACAUGCAUCACCUGGGAGCUGGAGAGACCUACAGUGCAUUGGGAUUGCAAAUGGAGAAUUGCGAGGGCUACAACAACUUUGGAAGCGGUGGGGGAGGCACAGCCGGCGGCUACUACGAGGCGGGUCAACAACCCCCCGGCCCAGCCGCCCACUCCCAUGGCCAUCACCCCCACACACAUCAUCACGCUCACACACACCCGCACCACGUGCAGGUCCAGGCGCAGACGCAUGCCCACCUCCAUGCCCACCACAAUCCGGCAGCAGCCCAGGCGACCGGGGUGGGCGUUGGUCCUCCGCCACCGCCGCCAUCGCACAUCCAUGGCUUCGCAUUGAACGGAGGAGGUCCUGCGGCCCAGGGAUUCGGGAAUGGCGCCAACAACGCGGCAGGAGCUGCCAUCGGGGGCCUGGAGAACUCGAACAGCUCCUCGGACUUUAACUUCCUGAGCAACCUGGCCAACGAUUUUGCGCCGGAGUACUACCAACUCAGUUAGUUCAUGUAGGAUGCAGUCGGCAGUCAACCAGAGGCCCCUGUAAAUAGCUCUUAGCCCAAUUCGAGCCCAGUGUGCGAGAGUCGUGUGUAGUUCCCGUCAGUGUUGUUGUAGGCACAUAGCACUUUCCGUAGCACAUAUCUGUAAAUACCUACGCUCUAGCCCCCAAUCAAGAGUUCUAUUCCAUUCGUAUUUAGGCUAAAAAGGAAUAUUCAAUGUCUAUAAGUUUACUUUUGGCUCCAAGUCAAACGGAAACUCUGCCGCGACGAUUCCAUUCAGAAAUAAAAGAUAAUUGUACAUAGUUAGAGAAUUGUAAUAACUUUUCCACAAGUCACUUAAAGAGCCUUUAAUUAAUUGUGUUUUGUAAAUAUCUAAUGUAGCUUAAAUCAAAAGAUAAAACUGUCAUUAAACUUAAUGAACUUGAAAUCAAAAUUUGAAUCCCUCCCGAUUCGAGUGCAAUUUCGAAAUGAAAAACUAUGAUUUAGAAUCCUAAGAAUCUCUCAAUUAUUUCAAUGUUUGUAAUGUUUGUAUGUUGCUCUAAAUUUUUCCGUAAAACAAAAACUAAACAAAUACAUAAUAUAAAUAUGAUAAUGAAUAUUGGCUUAGAUAUCUUUGUAAGGAGAAAUAAUAAAAACUAAUUAAGAUAUAAAUAUGAAGCAACAUCUUUGUGAAUCUUGUGCAAU